CAUCUACAUUUAUUCAGUAGCUUACGCUUAUAUUACUAGUCUCUAGACACUCCACUUCUACUUUAACUUCAACUUAAACUCCCUGGAACUCUCCCUGGCACUCUCCCUGGCACUCUCCCUGGCACUCGCACCCCCCAAACUUGCACCCCCCAAACUUCAACCCAACUUGCACCCCCCAUACAACUUGCACCCCCUACUUCCAUCCAUGAACAGAACCAAAUCCUUCUCCUCCCCGCCAGAUUCAGAGGGGAUCUUUGAACGGUCACUCUCAACUUCAAUGCUGUCCCUCCCUCCACAAUCUCGUCACAAACUCGCGCGAACCAUGUCCAACUGCUCACAGCAUUCGGCCAGUAGUUACGCGGUCCCCACCCAUCACAGCACCGAGGACUUUAUUGCCCCCGUACUAGACUCCACCACCGAGAUUCUUUCCAACCCUUCGCUUGACUUUAGCAACGUCAACAUUGUCUGUUGUUGUGAAGACACCGACCGUGACUCCAUGGACGAGGAUGCCGUCUCCUCCACCUCCGGUGUCCAAUCUUUGUCUGCUCCUGUUCCAGGAGCACCACCGCUAACCUCUUCCUCUGGUGUCGACGAGGGAGACAACACCACUGGCCCUUGUGGUCACCCAAAGUAUAGAAAGUCGCGUUCGCGGUCUCGUUCGCGCUCAAUCAUUUGCAACUCCCUCAUGAGCUCAAUGUCACUGCCCCCCACAUCCCAGUCAGUUCUGACGGCCCACCCACACUCGCACUCGCACUCGCACCCCCACCUGCACCCCCACUCACUGGCAACGGGUGCCGGUCCCCGUUCGCCACCCCUGGGCCCCAAAUCUCCGUCAGUUCGCUCAAACUUGUCGAACGCCUCGCUCUCGAGUCAUUUCCACCACGGCAGCCCCUCGCUCGCACCGGACGCUAAAACCAUCAAUUUCUACUCCUACGCAGACAUGCUCGACAAGGAAAAGGACUCAGAGACCGGCUUUCUGGGCGAUGAUCUCGACUCCGAGCCCUCGUCCGCGCGCCCCCACCACCACCACCACCACUCCCCCACGUUCAAGGGCUUCUCCUUUGCGGGCGCCGCGGGUUCGCACGAGGUGCACUCAAGCGCACCCCCCGCGGUGGGCACGUUCCUGUCGUCUCCUCCACCACCCCAGACCACCUCCGUCGACGGCUUCACCACCCUCUCCAUGAAGGAGUACAUCUCAAAACUUACGUAGAGACCCACCAGUCGUCAUUUUAUUAAAACUAAUGUAUACAA